AAUCUUUUCGCGCUUUAAAAGUACCGCUUUAUAACCAGUCAUUUCGUAUUUCAGUGCGCAUGUCUCUCUCUCUUUCUUUUUCCGGUCGGCCAAGGCAAGAAAUAAGGCAAAAUGACCAACACAAAAGGUUAUCGCCGUGGUACAAGGUACAUGUUUUCCCGUAAAUUCAGGAAGCAUGGACCCAUCCCACUCUCUACAUACAUGAAAGUUUACAAGCGUGGGGAUAUUGUUGAUGUUAAGGGCAAUGGAGCUGUACAGAAGGGUAUGCCAUUCAAGGUUUACCACGGUAAAACUGGUAGAGUGUUCAAUGUCACACAGCAUGCUGUAGGUGUUAUUGUCAACAAACAAGUGGGAAACCGCAUCAUCCCAAAGAGAAUUAAUCUCAGGAUUGAGCAUGUAAAACACUCCAACUGUCGUCUGGACUUCCUUAGACGUGUCAAGGAGAACUCACAAAAACAGAAGGAAGCUAAGACGUCUGGCACAUGGGUUAACCUGAAAAGACAGCCUGCAGGUAGACGUUCCGCCCAUUUUGUGAAGACCAAGUUUAACAAACCAGAAAUACUGCAACCAAUUCCAUAUGAAUUUAUUGCAUAAAUUGUUAAAAUGUACUUGGCAGAAUAAGAAAAAAAAACAAGAAAAAACUUG